AUGGCUGCUCCAGCUACCCAGACCACUGUCUCCAAGACUUCCAAGAAGAAGGCUGCCAAGGUUCAGGCCCGUACCGAAUCCCCGGCUCCCAGCACUGAGUCAGCCCCCACUGAGAAGGCCGCCGACGCCCAAGACGAUGCCUUCGAGAGCCCUUACAUCAAGGAGCUGCAAAAGAACAUUCGCAACACGGCUAAGAAAUUGACCAACGCUGCCAAGUUGGACUCGCUCCUUAACCAGCACCCUGGCAAGUCUCUCGAACAGCUAGUCGACGAGAGAAUCAUCAACACCGACCAAAAGGCCCAAAUCCAGAAGAAGCCUGCCCUCCAGACUGCGCUAGCUCAGUACGAGGAGCAGCUUGUUCAAUACCAGAAGAUCCACGAGCAGUACCAGACUCGGGCGGCGGCCGACAAGGCAGAAUGGGCCAAGACACUUGAGAAGACUAAGGAGGAAGCGCUCAGCGAAGUAAAGGCUGAAUUCAAGAACUCUAUGGAUUCCAAGCUUCUUGUCCUGUCCCAGUUCUUGCGCCUGGCGGCCUACCGCCGCGAGGAAUCUCAGGAGCCGGAAUCUGAUGAGAGCCAGGCCAUCGAGGGUGUUCUACUCGCCAUCUACUCUGGCGACGAGAAUGCAGUUUCUGCCAUGCAGAAGCUGAUUGAGGGCUCUGGCGACCAAAUCGUCAGUGUCCCUGGAGACCAGCUCCAAACUACUUAUGCCACUGUUAAGACGCUCGCAGAAAACUACACUGCGCCAUCCUACGCUGAACCAGAGGCACAAACUGCUGCCGAGGCAGUGUCUGACCCGACCAUUGCAAACGAGGCCGCCACUGAGAUUGAAGCUGGAGAUGGCCCCCUGACCAACGGGCACGCGCACGCGCACGAGCACGAGCACGCGGAAGCCGAGCCUGCCUCCAACGGCCUUGCUAAUGCUAAUGUCGCGGACGAGGCUGCCAACACAGUCGCUGAGAGCCAGUGGGAUACUAGCAACCAAGACAUGUCCAUUUCGCAGGAGUGGGUUAAUGUCCCUAAACCAACCGGUGCUGAGGCCAGCGCCGAUUCUUCUACACUUGAUGCUAUCAAGCCGUCUUGGGCAGAUGAUCACCCUGAU